CCCUGCACUGCAGCCACCUCUGCUGCUGAAUAGGCAGAUGCCCUGACUGAUUACUUCAGCUCCUCCCGGCCACACCAAUUUCCCCCAGGCACAUGCCCGCCACCUCUCCUCCCCUCCCCAGUGACUCCUGCCCAGAGAAUGUCCAGCCCUGCCAUAAAGGCCCAGGUGGCCACCAGCUGCUCUCAGUCAGAAGGCCACACAAUCCAAGAUGGGCUCCUCGCAGGCACCCCGGAGGGGGUGUGUGGGAGGGCAGGGGAUGAUGGCACUGCUGCUGGCUGGUCUCCUCCUGCCAGGGACCUUGGCUAAGAGCAUCGGGACCUUCUCAGACCCCUGCAAGGACCCCACACGUAUCACCUCUCCCAACGACCCCUGUCACUUUGGGAAGGGUGACCCCAGUAGCUUCAGUAGCCACGGCAGCUCCAGCAGUUCCAGCAGUUCCAGCAGUUCCAUUUCCAGUUCCAGUGGUUCCAGCGGUGGUUCCAGCGGUGGCUCUAGUGGUCCCAGUGGCUCCAGUGGUGGCUCCAGCAGUGGCUUUAGUGGUUCCAGUGGUUCCAGUGGUUCCAGUGGUGGCUCUAGCAGUUACAUUUCCAGUUCCAGUGGCUCCAGCGGUGGUUCCAGCGGUGGCUCUAGUAGUCCCAGUGGCUCCAGUGGUGGCUCCAGCAGUGGCUCUAGUGGUCCCAGUGGUUCCAGUGGUGGCUCCAGCAGCUCCAGUGUCACCCACGUUGGCUCUUCAGGACCGUUGCUAUUUAAGCCAGGGGCAGGGUAUUCCCAGAGCAGCUUCUCCUCUGGGUCUGGCUCUAGUCUGCAUGGUGCAGCCAGCUCCUCACAGUGGGGCAGCAGCAGCUCCCACUCAGGGCCUGGCCCAGCCCUACCAGCCAAUGAUGGUUCCUCCCACUUCAUAAUAAGCUCUUCCCAGUCUGGAGGAGGCUCAAGCUCUUCUGGCUCCCAAACUUCCUGGUCCAGCAGUGGGGGCCAAAGGGUCAACUCUAACUUACACCCCUGUAGUUCGGAUAUUCCUGACUCUCCCUGCAGCGGGGGGCCUAUCGUCUCGCACUCUGGCUCCUACAUCUCCAGCUCCCACUCCGUGUCAGGGGGUCAAAGGCCGGUGGUGGUCGUGGUGGAGCAGCAUGGCUCUGGUGGCCCCGGAGUGGUUCAAGGUGGCCCCUGUAGCAAUGGUGGCCUUCCAGGAAAGCCCUGCCCCCCCAUCACCUCUGUGGACAAAUCCUAUGGCAGCUAUGAGGUGGUGGGUGGCUCUUCUAACAGUUAUCUGGCCCCAGGCAUGACCUACAGUGGGGGCAAAAUCUACCCUGUGGGAUACUUCACCAAAGAUAACCCUGUCAGAGGCUCUCCAGGGGUCCCUUCCUUUGCAGCUGGGCCCCCCAUCUCUGAGGGAAAAUACUUUUCUAGCAACCCCAUCAUCCCCAGCCACAGCUCUUCCAGUUCCAGCAUCUACCAGUCGGGAGCUUCCUCAGCCAUCGUAUUCCAGCCAGUGGGCUCUGGUGGAGUCCAGCCCUGUGGAGUUGGCUCCACAGGCCCUAAGGGGCCUUGCUCUCUCUCCGGUUCUGGAGUCCACAGCAGUUCUAGUGUUUCCAGCAGUUCUGGUUCACCCUACCAUCCCUGUGGCAGUGUUUCCCAGGGGCCCUGCUCCUCAGCAGGCACUGGCUCUUUCAGUGGCAGCUCCAGUUCCCAAUCUACUGGCAAAAUCAUCCUUCAUCCCUGUGGCAGCAAGUCCAGCUCUUCUGGUCACCCUUGCAUUUCUGUUUCCUCCUCGACACUGAGUGGAGGUCCCGAUGGCUCUCCCCAACCAGAUCCCUCAGCUGGUGCCAAGCCCUGUGGCAGCUCUGGAAAGAUGCCCUGUCGCUCCAUCCGGGACAUCCUGGCCCAGGAGAAGCCUCUGGGGCUCCAGCCAGCUGACCCUGGAGCUUUCCUACCCCAAGGAGAGUUACUUGACAGCCCGUAAGUCAGUUUUUGCAACACUCAUGUGUGAGCAUACACACACACACACACACACACACACACACACACACACACAC